CGCAUCUUCCGCAACCACCAAACCUCCCACCCAACCCAGCCAACACUCACAUUCCAAACUCUACCUCCAACCCCCCACCAAAGCCAAAGAAAAGAAAGAAAAGGGAAUAAGCCGAAAAGAAAAUCAAUGCCUAACCACCGCGCAACCCUCCUCCCCAUCCUCCUCAGUCCGCUCCUCUCGACCCCAGUCCACGCCGCGUCCCACUCCGCCGUCCUCCACGCCAUUCAACCCAGCGCAGCUUUACUCUCGUCCUCAUCGUCACUACCAACCCGAUCCGCCCGCUUCUUCUCACAAUCUCCAAAUACCCAGCUCUACUCAAUCCUCAACGCGCAGUGUCCCGCACCAUUCUCCACCCCCAAUAGCCACACCCACCCGACGCCGACACCCGCGCACACCAAACCCAGAUCCCACUCCACAAUGUCCUCAACGCCAGAAAACAACGAUAACAAAACUCCAACCCAAUCCCAACCCGCCAGCGUAGACUCCGAAGAAUACCUCGCUCUCCCCGACGCAAGCUCUACCACAUCUGGCACAACCAAGCUCGACGUCAGCGAGGGUGGCUCCACCGUUAAACUGGACCACAUGGGCCCGCUGGUCGUUAAUCAGGAUGGGUCGCUGUCGCGCAUUGCGAACUGGGAUCAGAUGGCGGAGAUUGAGAAGAAGAAUACCUUGCGGGUGUUGGGGAAGAGGAAUAAGGCGAGGCUGGAGGCGUUGAAAAAGAAGGAGGGGGAGGGGGAGGGGAAUUGAUCCUUGGGGAGAUUUUAUAUCUGUGUAUAGGGGAGUAUAGGAGGGGGAGGGUUAUAGAAGGGUUGGUUUAU